AUGAUUGCCUUCAAUGACAGUGUCUUUGUGUGGCUGGAUCAGCCAUCACCGCCAUCAACGCCCGCCACUCUACAUGUACCAUCAGAGCCAAAUCCAGAGCGGCGGGUACAGCCACAGCCACGGGACAGAGAAGAAGCCUCAAUGGGCGUGUACAAACAUCAAUUGCUAUGCCACUUGAUUGUCGACGCGCUUUUGAGAAUUUCGAAGAAGAGGCCAUUGAAAUGGCUCGCAAGUUGGCGAGAACCUGGAGAUGAAGGAUCUGGAGAUGGAGAAACCACCACCGAAUCUGAGUCUGGAACUGAGCCUGUUUCAUCUGACUCGGAUGAGCGUCCUCUUGGUGCGUCUAUAAACCAGCUUCUCGACAACAUCGCACACUUGCAGGGUGGGGAACGCCCAGGACCAAUUUCGGCGUCUCUGUACAGAUCUCAAUUCGGCUAUGGAAAACUUGGUGAGUGUUCUCAGCCCCCUCCUCUGGCGCCUGGCGAGGAGCGUCAAGAGUACGACAAGGCGUAUAUCUCUCGAAGAUUUGAUGAGUAUGCCACAGAGGCCGCGCUCAAGGAGUUUCGCCUACAAGUCGAAGAUGUUCACAUCGAGGGAAAACAUCCCAAAGUGAAACCCGCGAAACCGAAGCCGACUGAGAAACCGUGA